GCAGUGUGUCGGUCUGUCCCGGACGCCAAUGCGUGGCAUUCGGCUCUAGUUCUAGUAUUGAGCUACGUUGGAUUGACAAAAAGACGAAGCAAGAAAAUAAAAAACGUCUUGCUAUGUCGCAGCCAUCGGAAAUCCUGCACUUCCUGCCUCAUCGAUCCGAGACGCCUACAGAGCUGCGGCUCAUCUCAUCCCUUGCUGGUCCGGGAUUACCAGGUUGUAUAUGCCACAAUAUACAGCCUAGUGAACUGCGUUCGGCUUGCUCUUUCCAUCUUCUGGCCGAUAUCCAAUCUUUCGCUCAAUGGAGUUCCGGAGAAACUAGCAAUCUCGGGUUAGUGAGGGCUACUCAUUGCCACCACUACCGAGCUGUUCCUAUCAACGAUGGCCUACAUUUCCUGUUCAUCGAACCGCGCACUAGUCUGCUUUGUAUAGGUUCCGAUGCUCCUUUCGGUGGUCCUACCAGUCUGACGAGGGCUCUUAUCUGUAUCCCACCGUUUGGAAAAAGCCCGUUGGAAGCUGCAAAACAAGGAUUAGCGCCUACUAUCUUCGCAGCCGGUUCGGACUUGGAUUGGGGUCUGCGAGUGGUAGCUACCUAUCGGGACCGGAUUGUCUUAUACUCCGUUCCACUGGAUGUCUUCAAUGUGGUUCGAAGGGAACGUGAAAGACAAGGAGAUAAUGUCAUGGGUGAUAGUGAUCUAGCACGAGACUGGUUUCUCGACAGCGAGAGGUCGCUAAAGGGUCGUGGAAGUCUCGCCCCGAACCAGAACGGUGACUGGGAAUUCCUCCUUAGUGUGAGCUACAGGUCAACAGCUAUGAUGUGGCCAUUCAAAAUCUAUGGAAAGGAAAUUGGGCGGAUGGACAACGUGGUCGAGUUGGCUCUGCAAACUGCCUAUGGUAGCGCUCGAGUUUGGGCGUUCGGUGCAUCGGGUGAAAUGAACAUCUUUGACGUAGACACCCUCACGUCUAGCGCCCAGCAAGCCGCCGAUAUCCCGUACAAGUCGUCGUGCAUUGGAGCCGAUGGCAGCGUCGCUUCAGUGGAGAUGGUCACGAGAAGUGAUACCAACUUGCCAUCUUCAUUAUCGUCGCGCAAACGAAAGCAUAUCGAGACAUUAGAAGAUUUCGGUGGACAAAAGCCUACCACUUACCGACUUCACGAUGCGAUGCGUGAGGGGGAUAAUACAUCUAGUUCCCAGAAUAUUCACCAGACUAUCACCACCAAUGCAGCCACCAAACGGCGGAUAUCUUUCGCUGCGCGCAUUAUCGACUUCAAUAUCCCAGAAUCAGGCGACACAUUGAUAGAGAGCAAAUAUGCUUAUUCUUAAAAUAACUAGCACAAAUGUGUCUGUUUCCUUUGGAAGGGAUGUAUAUAGUCAGCUCGAUACAAUUUUGUGAAGACUGGUUUAAUUUGCUUCUUGGAC